ACAGGCGAGUGACGGAUCAAAGUAGCUCUCUGAUUAGCAGACACCGAAUAAUACUUCUGCUAGAAAAUGACAGAGAGUCAAGUUCGUCAGAAUUUUCACAAAGAUAGUGAAGAUGCCAUUAAUAAACAAAUAAAUAUGGAACUUUAUGCAAGCUAUGUGUAUUUGUCAAUGGCUUACUACUUUGAUCGUGAUGAUGUUGCGUUACCUGGUCUACACAAGUACUUUAAGCAAGCAUCAGAGGAAGAAAGAGAGCAUGCUACAAAGUUUAUGAAAUACAUGAAUAAGCGUGGAGGUCGAAUUGUUCUCAGCUGUAUUAAUGCUCCAGAUUACAACGAGUGGGGAACAGCAGAAGGUGCAAUGCGUGAAGCAUUGCAGCUGGAGAAAAAAGUAAACCAGAGUCUCUUGGAUCUCCACAAAAUUGCCACAGCUCAUGAUGAUGCUAAUCUUUGUGACUUCUUGGAGACAGAAUUCUUACAAGAACAAGUGGAUUCUAUUAAAGAUAUUGCAGAUAAGCUCACAAAUAUUUGCCGUGUAGGCGAAGGUUUAGGAAUUUUUGUAUUUGAUAGAGAAUUACAUUAAGAUUUAAAAUUAUCGAUCUUCACUUGGUACUGCUUUACAUUUGUGCAUCAUAGUAUCUAGUCAGUUCUCAUAAAUUUCAAGCCAUAAAGCUGUUCUACUGCUGCACAUUAUACUUGUCCUCAUUUCUGAGGGCUAUUGAAGUGUUUGUCAACAGCCACAAAUGUUAUUGGUAUUUUACUUUGUAGUUUUAAGUAAGGCAAUUGUACAAUUAUGUAAAAACUGUUAUUUUAUUGAACAGAUUACUAUUUAUGUACAAAGAUUUUUUUAUCUUUUAUAGAUUUUUAAAAUUUUAUAUUUUUAUGUUUAUAUCCUUAUAUUCCUGUCACAGAACAUAUAUUGUUUUUUAAACCUAAGGCAGUUAAUUUGGGUUCAUAAUCACAUUCCUCAGACCUGAAUACACACAGUUUGCUAAUCAUAUUGAGUGGGCAUGUGUAAAAUUUAAGUACCACAAUGCACAGUUAUAAUAAACAUGCUGAUUCUCUGAAGAAACAAUCCAAUAUCUAUCUGUGAUGUUUUUGGUCUAUCUAAUUGAACUUCUUGUGUGAUCUCAACAAAUUAAAUACUUUCUCAUUUUCAUUAUGCUCUUCUGUGAAUGCAUUGAUGAAAAUGACGGCAGCCAUUUGUAUAUCUCCCUCAAAAUACUUCUUAAAAAGGUUUGUAUCAAUAUUUGAAUUAUACUUGAAUAUAAUUACAUUCCUUCCUGGAUUUUCCGUUGCUUGUUGUAAAAAGUUUUUCUUAUUUUUAUUAUUAUUUUUUUAGUCUUAAUACAGAACUAUCACAUUGUUGCCCUGCAUUUAGUUUUCCCUCAGAAUUUCAUGGCAUGAACACAAUGUCUUCAUAAACUGUAAAUGGUGCCUACUUCUCAAAGCAUCAUGCCACUGUUCCUUGUGUUGUUUGCGUGUUCACUAUCUGCCAGACCAAUAAGUGACAACUAGCUAAUACAAAUAGCUCUUUUUCCUGAAGCACAAUUUCACCUUGUUCAUCAAAAGGAACCUGCACCAGCCUUACUAUGAACACAGUGAUUACGACUUGAUUUGGCAUUCAGUGAAGUUUGAGUCGUGCUUUUAUGCUUCUGUCCUUAGUAGAACAAAUCAGAUGUUGCUUCUGUCAGUUUCACUUCCACUUAUUUUUCUAGUUUAAUAUGCUCCUUCAGAGAGUCAGCGUGUGCGCGCCCACACAUGAAGUGCUUGAUUUGUGCCACUAUGCCGGAGCAGUAUAUGAAAAAAUAAGCAUUAAAAUAACAGUUUAAGACAUCUAAAUUUAAGAAAAAAAGGAACCCCCGAAGGUCACAGUACUUUAUAUACAUGUAUGAUGACGUUUAUUUGGCUUAAUGUGACCAUAGCAUUUUUAUACAAGAGACUCAAUAUGACUGUCAAACUAUAUGUACUCAAGUCUGAACAUUAUUCCCAACCAAAAUUAAUUACCUGAUGAAUAAAGAAAAUAUGUUGUGUAACUGGAAUAAAAUAAUGUAGAAAUACCUUCUUAGAUCACUAGAAAAAUUUUGCUGUGAUGAUUUUGUUGCAAUUAAUGAAUAUUGUUAUGUGUGUAACUGAAAUGCAGUAUUAUUGUGUUGUUAAAUUAUUUUAGCAACAUUCAUUUUAGCUCUAGGGCCGAACAUUUAAUUUGGAAAACUAAAGAAACAAGAAAUCAUAUGACCUAAAAAUUCUUAUUCACAUUGCAAUAGCUUUAAUUUUGUAGUAUUUAUUUUAAUAGACUGGUUUCUUGCUAGAUUUAUGGUAUUUUCAUAUGUAAUAUAAUAGCAAACAGUCUCCAGUUAUAUUCAGGUUUUGUAUUCUUCUUAAUGCAAAAUAACUUCAUCAUUUAUAAUUGCAAAACCACCACUCUGUGCAGUGAGCCAGUUUGUGAAAACCAAGUUACCUUCUGUCAGUCACAUAACCUCCACAUACAAGAAUGUAUCUUUAAUAGUGUUGUCGGCAAGAGUUCACACAGUAUGCCAUUAAGUGAAUAAUAUUAAACUAGAAGUUUUGAGUUCAGCAAUAAUUGCAUAAACUGAUAAUGAAUUCUUAUCAUUACUUCAAUAUUUCUACCAUGGUUUCUUUUGUCUGUGGGAAUUUAGCUGUAAAUGUGCCAUAAUGAAGAGCUUCAUUAUAUUUAUAAUGCUAUUUAUUUUCAUUAUUUAAUAGUCCCAUGAUAUUACUGGUGAAAUUGACUGAUUCUUGAGUAAUAGCAGCUAAAUGAAAUACAUUUUUGCUUUUCUUUUAGUUUGUGUUGUGGAGAUAAUAUUCAUUACAAAGCAUGUUGAAACUGAGUACAGCUUUCUCUUUAAGAAUUAUGUGUGUGUUUGAUACUUAAUGUUUAGAAUAAGAUUUUUAAUUACUUCCUUUUAUCACCAUCUGACAGUGUUUUUUGCUUGUAAAUGUAACUACUGUAAUGUUUUGUGCAUUCAAGACAUCUCAAAGUUACGAAGCUUCCUAUUUACAGAUAUGAACUGUGAUAUGACGUGUAUUGUUGAGGUGCUUGAUUUGCAGAGUCUGUAUAAAUAAGAGUCUGUAAAGGUAUGGCUAAGAUUUUAUUGAGAUGUAUUAUUUUAGAUACUGUAAUAAUCUAGUCAUUUAACUGUGAUAUUAAUAAAAUAACAAUCAGUGUUUAGAAAUGCUGAUCCUUUCAUCUGGCAUUUGAGAAAAGAUAAAGAAACAAAUAAAUAAAUAAUAAAUGUUGAGGUGCAACUUAUCUUUCAGUAAACAUGACUUUUCAUAUACUCAUUAGGGAGCAGGCAGUGUUUCAGUGUAUUUGUCGACAAAGAAAAAAGUGUAUACUUUAGAUGAAACAAGAGAAUGAGUACAGAUGUGAUACAAUACAACAAGAGUUCACACUUUCAAUCAAAGUUGGUAACUGGUCCUUUUUACCUUCCUCAGCUGCCUUUGCUACACCCCUGUCCUUUCUCAUAUUUGAUCGGAAGCUGUUCUUGGUUCUGAGAGUUGCAAAUACCUGCAGAGCUAUUUGUUGUCUCCAUUUACUGAAAAAUAUGCUUAAUGGAUAUCAGAUGAGAGGGUUCAUUUCUUCACCUGGAUGGUACAUUCCUCCAUAUUCAAUGCUAUAAGCAAAUACAAGUGACAAAACUGAAUUAUAUGUUGCUGAUGGACUGUAUUUUUUAAAUAACAAGCUGCUACAUCACAGUAUUUUCAUUUUUAUAUGUACAUGUUAAAUAAAAUACAUGUGAUUCAGUACCAUUGAAUAUAUAAUCACUGAGGUGUGUGUGUGUGUGUGUGUGUGUGUGUGUGUGUGUGUGUGAGCGAGCAUCCAUUUUAUCAUAUACAAUCAUAUAGGAGUUUUCAUGUUACAUUAUAUGAGAUUGUAAUUAUACAGUAAAUUAAUUACAUAGGCCUACUGUGGUAAAACAUAUAUAAAUAUAUAUCUCACGCAUCGUAUAGUAAAUAAUAACAAAACAAACAAUAAUUAAUUAUUUAUAGUGAAUACUAUUUCAUUUGUUUUUCAGAUAUGACUUAUCAUUAUCAUUGACCACUAGUAGAGAAUAACAGAACAAACAGUAAUUAAUUAGUUAUAGUGUGUACAGGCAGACUAUUUUCAUACAUUUGUUCAAAUAUGAAUUAUCAUUAUCAUUGACCACUAUGUCACUAUGUUCUGAAAAUCCAUGUACUCUGUAAUGCUGUUCUCUUAAUAACAUUUUUUUAAGCUCAUUUUUAAAAAUGUAAAACUUUUCUAUCUUUUUGAUGCUCAAGGUAAGAGCACUAAAAAGGAUUUUGGGGUGAUAUAUUGCACUUUUGUGAUAUUGGGCUGUUUUGUGUGUUUCUCUGUGGAAAUCAUUCCUGUGUCUUGUUGGGUAGUCAUGGCACUCACUAUUUAAAGAAGAAAAUUGGGUGAGAGAUUUGAAAAAGCAGAUACUUUUGUAGAUAUAUAAAGAUGGAAGCGACAUUAUUUGAAAUUCUUAGAAAAUAACCCUGCAGGGCUCGCUUGGUGCAGCCCCUUUCAUUAUUCUUAAUGCUCGUUUUUGAAUAAUGAAUGACCGCUUUGCCAGACUUGAAAUACCCCAAAAUAAGACACCAUACCACAAUAGACUAUGCAUAAGAGCAUAAUAAGCACAUAUUAUUGUUUUUUCACUGCAGCAGUUUUUCAGCAUUCUGAGUAUAUAGCAGCAUUUACUUAGCUUUUUAUUGUGCAUUUCAAUAUGUUUAUCCCACUUUGGAUUCUUGUCUAACCAGAUACCUAAAAAUUUUGUGUUUGAAGUUUGUAAAAUCUUCUGUUCACCAAGUUUCAAGACUAUAUUGGGCUUUACUUGAUUCGAUACAUGACUGAAAUUCAUCCAUACUGUUUUUUUCUCAUUUACAAAUAAACAGUUAUCUCUAAACCAUUUUCCUGCUUCUUCUUUUGUAUUUCUACUUUUUGUUGCAAGUCAGUCUCAUUUCGAGCUUUAAUAAAAAGACUUGUAUUGUCUGCAUACAAUACAGCAUUAGCUAGUGUUCAACAGUUUGGUAGGUCAUUUAUGAAAAUCAAGACCAAGAGGGGUCCCAGCACAGAACCUUGUGACACUCCAUUACUAACUUUCUUAUAUUCUGAAAAGUAAGAGGUUCCUUCGUGAACUAUUUCUACUUUCUGGUAUCUGUCUGACAGGUAUGAUCGAAACCAGCUGUGAACAGUACCACAUACACAAUAGCAAUAUAGUUUCUCAAGCAAUAAUUCAUUAUCAAUAGCAUCAAAUGCCUUUGAUAAAUCUAAAAACACCCCACAGUUUACUUCGUUAUGAUCUAUAAAGAUCAGGAGAAGUUUUAGGAAAUUAUAUACAGCUGUUUCAGUUGACCUAUUUUUUCUGAAGCCAUUUUGCUCACUGUUUAAUAUUCUACUUGUGUUCAGGAAAGCGGAGAGUCUUUCAUGCAUUAUUCUUUCAAUAACUUUUGAGAAACAGGAUAUCAGGGAUAUGGGUCUGAAGUUUUUUACACCAUGAGGAUCACCAUUUUUAUAUAAUGGUUUUAUUAUUGACAGCUUUAGUUCUUUAGGGAAAGUGCAAGUGCUGAAAGAGGCAUUAAUUAUAUCUACAAGGGGACGAGCAAUAUUUAUACUGUGUUUAAGUACUUUAUCUGGAAUGCCAUCAGUGCCACAAGACAAUUUAUUUUUUAGUUUGUUGAUUGCAUUCUGUACUUCUUGUACACUUACAGGGUAUAAGAACAUAGUUUUAGAAUUUGUGGAGAUGUUAUGUUUAAUUUUUGUUUGACUUUGGGUUUUUAUGAGCCUUUGUACAAUACUUGCAUAA